AUGGUCCGCAGUCGCACGGUCCUUGCUCUGCUCGCCUGCGCUCUCGCCGCCAGCGCACAGCUCCUUGGCGAGGAGGACGGCGGUCGCUAUGCCGACUUUCCCUCGACCUGCACCGCGACCUGCGACGCGUUCGAGUCGGUGGCGACUACCUGCACGAACGCCUCACCCGGCGACUCGGCGUCCGACGAGGCGGCGCUCGUUGCGUGCAUGUGCACCGACACCGUCGGAUCCGCGAUCGAGGCGUGCGGCAACUGCAUCGCGAGCAACACGGCCGACAUGUCGACCUCGGCGUCGGGCGCCACCAUCAUCCAGCUCGCCGUCUCGUUCACGCGGGCCUGCGGCCUGAGCCUGUCGAUCGACGGCGUCGACGCGGCCAUAUCCUCGGUCUUGGCCGACGGCGGCUCGAAGUACAGCAGCGAGCGCGCGACGGGGCAGACGGUGGCGGCGGAGGAGACGCUCGUCGCGACUUUGAGCGACGACGCAGCCCAGACGGGCGGCGCAACGACGUCGGCGGCAUCGGCAUCCUUCACGUCGGCUCGCGCGCUGUUUCUGCUCGCCACGGUCGCCCCUUUCCUCGCCGCCGCCCAGCUCCUCGACGACGGCUUCCCCAUCGCGGGCUUCCCCGAGCAGUGUAAUAUCGCCUGUCAGCCUCUUCAGGAGACGCUCACGGCAUGCCCCGCCGUCGGUAACGACAUCGCCCUCGCCAAAGCCUACGCCUGCGCCUGCGCGUCGCCCGUCGUCGACCAGGUCGAGCGGUGCGGCUCGUGCGUCUUUACUUCGACGUCCUCGACCUCGCGCGCCUUUGUCGUCGCCGAGGAGCUCGCGAUUGCCUACGCUCGCGCAUGCGGCGUGUCGCUCAACAUCGACGGGACGUCGACGAGCGUGUCUUCGGUCCUGAGGGACGGCGGCGCGAGCUACUCGAGCGAGAGGGCGGCCAUGUCGUCCAAGUUCGCGGCGGCGACGGCGGCAGCGGCGACCCGCACGUCCUCGCCCGCCUCGAGCGCGGUCCUGGCGACGUCGACGAGCGGCCAGACCACCCGCCUUUGCCUCGAGCACACGCCUGCGACCGCCGACCACGACAUGAGCACGCCCGACAAGAUCGCGUCUACCGGCAGCCUCCAGGACCGGCUCAAGCGCCUGGGUCUGCAGGGCUCGGGCUCCCCCACCGGCCCCCCGUCGAGCCCGUCCCCCUCCUCGUCCAGCACCGCCUCCAAGGGCACGCCCAUCCGCACGGGCGCCACCCUGUCGGUCAGCGACAAGCGCUCGCGGUUCGCGGCCGGCGGCGGCGAGGACAAGCCGUUGCUCCCGCAGGGCGGCAGCUUCGGGUUCGCCCCGGCCAAGCCGCGUGCGAGCGGCGGCGGCGACCGCUUCGACGUCAAGCCGCGCGUCGCGAGCCUCGGCGCAGGGCGCGCACCUGUCCCGCUCGACGUCGUCAAGCCGCGCAGCGUCAGCGCCGGGCACAGCCCCGCGACGAGCGAGAGCGGGUCGGCGCCGGGCAGCCGGGUCAUGAGCAGGGAGGGGUCGACGCGCGAGGGCAGCAAUGUCGAGGAGCCUGUCGAGCCGGUGGACGCCACGCCGGUCCCGUCGCCGAGCCAGCCGACGUCGGCGAGGCUCAACUCGCUCUCGCUCCCGAGCGGUCUGCGCACGCCGGGCGCCAUGUCCGUCUCGUCGAUGCGGGUCGAGACGGGCAGCAUCGGCAGCACGAGCAGCAUCGAGGGCGGGCCCGACCCGGCCGACAUCGACGUCCAGGCGUCGCUCGCCGCUCGCGACAUGGCCGACUCGCCCCUCUCGUCGCCCGUCCUCGCCGGCAUCGCCAUUCCCGCGCCGUCCGAGGGCUCAAUCUCGUCCAUGGACGGCGUCGCGCCCGCCCUCAAGGGCCCGCUCGACUCGCUCCGCGCGAGCAGCCCUCGCCCGGGCUCGAUCCGGUCCAUCUCGUCGCUCAGCGUCGAGGCCGCGUCCGAGGACGUCGCCGACCUGUCCGAGAUGUCGACCAACGGCAGCGCCUACGGCGGCGCAUCGACGCCGACCAUUGAGCUCACCGGCCUCGGCCUCGAGCACGGCGCCGGGUCGGCCAACGGCGACGGCGAGCGGGCGAGUGGCGAGGGCGAGGCGCAGGAGCGCGCGCGCCACGCGCAGAUGAGCGCUGAGCUCGCCAAGUACGAGUCGGACGAGCGCGACCCAGCCGCGCUCGGUCCCUACCAGGAGGACGAGCCCGGCGGGUGGUCGAGCGGCGGCGAGAACGGCGAGUCGAAGGAGCCGCCGUACGCGAGGGACGAGCGCGACGAGGCCGAGCUCGAUGUCGAGCGACCCGAGACGCCCAAGCCGGGCGCGAGGACGCCCACGUCGCCCAUCCCGGGCGUCAAGUGCUCGGACUGCGGCGAGGAGGUCCAGCUCAUCGAACUCGCCGACCACUCGUGCGCGCGCUCGACCCUCCCGCCCGCUCUGUCCUCGCCGCCCUCGUCUCCACCUGCACCUGAGCCCGCCAUCCUCUCGACGCACGUCUCUCCCCCUCGCACCGCUCCCGACGUCCCCGAGGAGCCGCUCGACGACGACGAGCCGCCGACCGACGACUCGAUCUCGACGCCUCGCCGCCAGAAGAAGCGCUCGAACGAGUCGGGCGGCGAGAAGCUCGACGCGUUCGUGCCGCAGACCGACGACCUAGUUCCCGAGGACAUCCUCGACGCGUACGGCGACGACCACGAGGACGACGGCGACGAGCAGCCGGCGGCAGUCGACGCGCAGGUCGCGUCGGCCCCGCAGGACGUCGCCGACGUCCCGUCCGACGACCUGGACACGACGGCCGAGCCUGGCGCUCCUCGUCACGACGGCCAGGGCGUGUAUGAUCCCGAGCCUAUGGCGCGCUCUGCGUCGACGCCGGGCGGCGCCGUCGCCCGAGUGCGCAAGGCCUCGACCAAGCCUCGGGUCCAGUCGGCGUACGGCGGCUCGACCAAGCUCCCCGGCCGGUACUACACGAGCGACGACGAGAUGGACGGCGAGCCCGGGAGCGCGACCAUCGUGCGGUCGCCGUCGUCGCAGCGCUUCGACCCGCAGCAGUGAGCCGGCGGCCGGCCAACUUUCCCUUCCCUCGCAUGUUUUCCCUCGCGUGUCCUUGCAGCUUCUCUGUUUAGCAUCUCGUUAGCCUCGUUGCGCGCGUCGCCUCUGCAACGUCGUUCCUGCACUCGUU